AUGGCAUGCUCAAAAAAUCCUAUUUCCUUGCUUCAAGAGAUAUUUGCCCAGCAAAAGAAAGAUCUACCUAAAUACCAAGAACUGCCUUCAGAUUCGACUUAUCCCUUUAAAUAUGGAGUAGUUAUUGAAAACAUAACCGCUUAUGGUUAUGCAAAUACAAAGAAAGAGGCUAAGAGUAACUGUGCACAAGAAGCUCUUCUGAAACUUGGUGUUGGAUCAGCAAGCAAUUUUAAAAAUGUUAUUCCUCCAACUUUAAUUGAGCGUUCUAACAAUAUAACUCAUAAUUAUAUAGGACAGUUACACGAACAGGCUUCUCAAAGCCAAGUUCCCAAUCCAGUAUAUUGUGAUAAAUUACCUCAAAAUGGAUUGUUUGUAGUCGAAUGUCAAUAUCUUGACAUGACCACAGAGGGGGUUGCUUCAACUAAAAAGGAUGCCAAAAGGAAAGCAUCAAAAAAUAUGUUAGAAAAGUUGGAAAACAAUGACAUUGAUUACAAAAGAUAUGAAAUGGUUUGUGCUCCUGAAGAAGACGUAAAUAAAAUCAACAAUAUAUUAAAAAUUUAUGAGAAACUAUGUAUUAAAGAUGAAGAACCUAUAGCUUCUGAAAGUGUCCUUCCGGAAUGUGAGACUACAAAUGACUUAACAUUGGAAGAGUUAAUCGCGCAAUUGAGAGCACGUGGACAUCAAUGCAAACGUAAAGUUUUACAAAGCAAUCCGUACUUGGUGGUAUUACUGAUAGAUGGGGAUGCUAGUGCCGUUAUGGGCAAUGGAAAAACUAUGGAGGCAGCAAAUGAUGAUCUUCUUUUCACUUGCAAAUUGAUGUUUGAUGAUGGUUUUUCUUUUGAACCUUAUUUCAAAAAUUAUUUACAUGAUGAUUAA